UUACAAAUCACAAAAAUGACCACGAAAUUGUGUGAAUUCACAGUAAUGUAUGUAGGUAUAUAUUUUAAAUAUUUAGGACAUUGUUAUAUUGUUUUAUUCCAGCAAUAUGAUGCAGGACAUGUAUGGGUUGGUGUGAUUUGUGUCCUAGCUGUUGUAUUGUACAUCAUCUUCUUUGCGUCUGGCCCAGGGGCUAUACCAUGGUUUUUCACAGCUGAGUUAUUUGCUCAAGGACCUAGACCUGCUGCAGUCAGUAUAGGGGUACUGUUUAACUGGUCAGCCAAUUUCUGUGUUGGUCUGUUUUACCCUUUUCUACAGGAAUCUAUAAAAGCAUACUCAUUCAUACCAUUUGUUGUAUUUCUGGCGAUUUUCUGGAUAUUUACACUGUUUGAGGUACCGGAAACUAAAGGAAGAACCAUUGAAGAGAUUACCGCUCAGUUUCAAAUAACUGUACCAUAUAAUCGUAUACCAUUAACCGAGGAUACAGAUUAGGAUAUGUUGAAUCUUUACUGUAAAAUUGUAUACCAGGAUACAGAUUAGAAUGCAUUGAAUUUUUACAGAGAAAUGGUAUACCUUUUACUAAGGUUACAGAUUAGAAUAUAUUAAAUCACAAGAUGAUAUUUGAGCCGCGUAACAACAGAACCAACAUAGUGGGUUUGCGACCAGCAUGGAUCCAGACCAGCCUGCGCAUCUGUGCAGUCUGAUCAGGAUCCAUGCUGUUUGCGAUCAGUUUCUCUACUUGUUAUACGGUUUGUAAGAGAACAGCAUGAAUCCUGAUCAGACUGCGCGGAUGCGCAGGCUGGUCUUGAUCCAUGCUGGUCGCGAACCCAUUAUGUUGGUUUUGUCAUGACGUGGCUCAAUUUAUGUUUUAAGAUAAGAGAAAGGACAUUUGCUAUGCGGCUGUAUUUGUCUUGGGUUUGACUAUGAAUUUACAUCAUAUUGUCAUAAAAUGUGGCAUAUUCCAUGAAAUAUUCUUUAAAUCAUGCUGAAUACCUUAAAUCGACUUGUCCAUCUUUCUGUCUGCCAGGUCAAAACCAUUCAUCAUUUUUGGGGAAAAUUUCAAAAUGCAUAUACAACAUAAUAAAAUAGUCCCUAUGCACUGACUGAACAGUGCAGUAAAUGAUCAGAUGGCAUGGAUUUCUGGGCAUUUCUUGGUCUGCACUGCACUAGCAUGGGUAGAAUCAUAAUGAAAUGAUAACUUAAAAUAUGUUUUUGCAGUCAUUUAACUUCCACAAACAAAUUUUAGGGAGUAUAGGUUUUGAGGGUGAUAGUAAUGAUUAAGUAACAUGACUCAAGCUAUUUAGGCCAGUAAUUUAUGGUGGAAAAAAUAAAAUGAGUUCCACUGAGGUCCAAAAGCCUAAGAACAUAAUUUUUGAAAAGUUUACUUAGAUCAAUUGGGGCAAAUAAUAUGGUGAAAUCAUGAAAAAGAUAAUUAAGAAAUGUAAUCGGAAUUUAAUUGAACAUUAAAUUUUUAUGUGAUUCUUGUCCUGAUUUGACACAAAAGUAAUAACACAUUUAGUUUUUGUGGUCAUUUUGCACAAUAUAUAUAUAUAUAAUGAUUCUGGGCAUUUCCAUAUAAGUUAUUGGUCCAGUCCUUAAAAAAAUGGUAGGCAAAUAGGAAAAAUAUUUCCAGUCCUGUAUUGUCAAAAACCUCAGCGGUGUCCCUUUCAUAUUUCAGGCAGAUAAAUUUCUGUAAUAUAAAUCUCAGUCAUUUAUAUUUUCUAUUUGUAAGUUUUUUUUAAGAUUAAUAUUUUAAUCUUAAUAUUGUGUCAUGACUUUUAUAUUAGUGUUUAACUUAUAUGUUUAUUAUGUUUAUGUCAUGGUUUGAUAAAGAUCAUGCAAUAUUUUUGAGUUUGAACUACAAAAUGUAUGAUGUGACAGGUUGAAUUAUAGUCCAACCUCCGCAGAGCAGCUCCCUUUUCUGAGCAAUAACCUCUUUAUAACAACAGUGUUAAUUCCUCCAAAAGUAAGACUUUUCAAUAAAAUUCAAUAGCCUUUCUAUAUCAAAACCUUUCAACAACAACCAAAACCUGUGUCUCUCAAAGGGUGUCACUCUGCCGAAGUUGUACUAUACAUGUUUAAUUUCAUUGGAAUUUUAUGCUCUUAAAUUGUUUUUAAGAUCUGAACUUACAGUAAACUUUGUUUAUAACGCUAUUCAGGGGACCAGUCUGUCAAUUUCUAUCUGCCUCUUACGGCAAAUCGCCAUUAUCAAAAACACAAACAAGUAUUAAAUAGCGUGUAUGUUGUGAAUAAGCAAAAAUAUCAACACCUGAAUCCCAAGCUAGGGGCCUCCGAUCUUAUAUUAUUAUAUUUGAACAUCGUUAUAUCCCAGAGGCAACCAAUUUGAAAACGAGUUGGGACUCCUGCAACAGCAUUAUUAUAAAUGGUAUAUCGUUGCAUGCAAUAUUGUUAUAAGUGAAGUU